AAGUCGGGAUCCUGUAUCAUUCCAGCCACAGCUGGUUCCAGCACCCACUACCAAGAAUGAAUCUCAUGGCUAAAGCUUUAUACGACAAUGCACCGGAAUCCCCUGAAGAGUUGUCCUUCCGGAAAGGAGAAGUUCUGAUGGUGAUUGAACAGAACACUGGGGGCUUGGAAGGUUGGUGGCUUUGUUCGUUGCACGGACGGCAGGGCAUUGCACCAGGAAACCGCCUCAAGCUUCUCGUGGGCCCACUGUACGAUGGCUCUCUUACCCCACCAACCCAAUUGGCUCCAGCACACCUGUCGCUGCAACAGGGUAUCUACCAGGUACCCCCGAGUGCACUGGACUCCCUGGCUUCUGGAGACUCUUAUCGGGAUCCUGUGUAUCAAGUUCCACCUUCUCACCAGAAUCAGAGCAUUUAUCAGGUGCCUCCCACCGCGUCCGGACAUGCAAUGCAAGGUCAUGAGACCUACCAAGUGCCACCAUCUGUACACAGGAGUCCCUGGGGAGUGGACAGUGCUUAUCAUCCUAACAAGGUUGUGACUCCGAUCAGAUGUGGCCAGGGUUAUAUUUACGACUCUCCUUCGAAACAACAGCAAGGAAUUUACGAUAUCCCUCCAGUUCACCAGCAAGGGCUGUAUGAUUUACCUCCUUCAAUGUCGAAAGGACUCAUGAAUCAGAAGCAUGCACGUGAACGCAGAGCACAAGGCGUGUAUGAUAUUCCUUCUGGCUUAGGGAAGGAGCAUCGAGAAGUGUAUGAUAUUCCACCCACGGCUUGCAAGGAAGCAAAUUACGACUUUCCACCACCUCUGAGACAGGCCACAGAUUCUCAGAAACAUUAUAAAUCUGAAGGGCUUUAUGACAUUCCUCCGCCAGCUGCCAAAUCGGCUUCACCACUUCAGUCAGCCCACACACGAGUUGGGCUCAGCUCUCCCAACCGGUCUAUUUAUGAUGUCCCGCCAACAGCGGUUAAUACUAUGUCCAGUACAAAAAGACAAGGCAUCUAUGAUAUCCCACCAGUUUACCAGCAGACCUCACAGAAGGACGUCUACGACAUUCCCCGAGGAUUGCUCGACUCUGGGCAGAAUGCAGGGACUGAAAUGUCGAAACCAGCAGUAGGAAAUGGGAUCUAUGACGUUCCCCCACAGGUCUCGCAGGAUGUUAAGGGCAUGCUAGACGUAACUGAUGGGAUGAACCGAUUGUCAUUUUCCAGCACAGGCAGCACGAGAAGCAACAUGUCGACAUCUUCAACAACAUCCAAGGAAUCCUCUCUUUCAGCCUCUCCCCUGCCAGAGAAAAAGCUCUUGUUGGAUGUAGACUCUGCCUUUGAGAAGCUAACUUGCCUGCAGCAUGGUGUGGAAUCCUCCAUCUCAGCCCUCAUGGCAUUUGUUGUUCCUGACUGGCGAUCCCAUGAACUCAGGGAGAAGCACGUCAGCGAAAUCCACGCAAGCGCUGACAAAGUAAAACAGUCACUAUCGGGGUUCAUCGGCUUCGCCCAGGGAGCCACAGCCAAUGCGUCUGGUCUGUCAGACACUGUUCUUCACAACAAGUUAAGGAAACAGUUACAACGCUUGGAUGACUCCUACCAGAUUCUAAUGCAGACCAGCCAAGCACUGGAUAGCAAGAACUGGGCUUUGAACAUGUUGGGAAUUAACAAGCUUCACAAUAAGUGUGAUGACUUGGACCGCUUUGUCAUGGUGACAAAGACUGUUCCAGACGAUGUGAAACAGUUAGCAUCUUCUAUAAGUGCAAAUGCCGAAUAUUUAUUCAAACAGGGGAUUGGAAUUAUGAAUUUAGAGACUGUUCAUGAAACCACCACAGCGAACAUUGGUGGAGACAGUCGUACGAACCGUAACCAUACAAAUUCACAUGGGGGAAAGACACUGAUUAAAAUACAGCCUUUGUUGCAUACUCCCUCACAACUGGAUCACGAGGCCCACAUUAGCAGCAAAGAGACCGUGGAUAAAAGUUGGAUGGAAGAUUAUGAUUAUGUCCAUUUACAGGGGAAAGACGAAUUUGAGAGACAACAAAAGGAACUUUUGGAAAAAGGAAAUAUUGUCAAACAGAACAAGAUACAAUUGGAACAACAUCAGCUAAACCAGUUCCAGGAACUGGAGAAGGAGGUCAUUAAGCCAGUGGAGAAUGAUCUGUCAAACUGGAACGCUCCAAAGCAUAUUCCCCACGACAGCAGCAGCCUCAGUGUUCAUGACAAACAACUCCUUUUCUUCUACUCGGAGCAGUGCGAGACCCACUUUGUGACGCUCCUCAAUGCCAUUGAUGCCUUCUUCAACUCCAUCAGUGCUGGCCAGCCACCCAGGAUCUUCGUGGCUCAUAGCAAGUUCAUUAUCCUCAGCGCCCACAAGCUUGUUUUUAUAGGGGACACGCUAUCAAGGCAAGCCAUGGCCCAAGACAUCCGGAAUAAAGUUUUAAACUAUAGCAACCUCCUCUGUGAACUCCUUAAAAACAUUGUCACGGCCACCAAGGUGGCUGCCUUACAUUAUCCCCAUACAGCGACAGUGCAGGAGAUGGUCGACCGAGUCACCGAACUUUCCCAUCACGCUCACCAGUUUAGGAACCUGCUGCUGCAGUUGGCAUCUUUAUGAAGUAACAUUGUGAUUGCACAGUCAAGUUCCGCAGUGUUCUUUGGAAGAAAUCAAACUGCUGUGUUAAUAGAUGAACGCUCGUGCUCUCCAAGUUUUGUCCCUGUGUAGAAUGUUUUUGUACAUGUAUGUGUCUUUUUGACUGAAACCAUUUGUCAUUUAUUGGAUGAAAAGGAAUGUAGCAUGUGGUACUGCGGAGUCUGGAUCUUAACAUUCACUUAAAUUUACUUUAGAUUGUACGUUGUUGCCUCUUCGUACUGGAGUAAAUUCUGUGAUCAAUGCUACACACCUAACAUUGUCUUCAUAUAACCAUCUACGAGUAGAAACAGAUGUAGAUUUAUAUACAUUUCAGAGCUUUCAAAGCAGAAAACUAACAUUUUUUCCAGUUGCAGUGUUAUUGGGAACAGUCAUAUUUACAAUUAAAUGGAGAAAACCAGGAAUGUCAUUAAAAUGGGCUCAAUCUAAACAGGGGAGAGAAAGAUAUGAUUAAUUGAGUCAGAAAAAUUAAGCUGUAAUAUUUAAACCUCCAAUCAAUCUACCUUUUCAUUUUAAGCCUGUGUGGUUUCUCUGAUGGCCAAGUGGUUAAAAGCAUUACUGGGUUGUGCAGACCAAAACAUUCAUGGGUUGGAUUUCCAGUGUGUGCUUCUCUCUGCCAGGUGUUGCAUUUAACCUCCGUGCCCCCAAUUUAAGAAGGGCAAAUAAGCCUGGGUUCCCAAUCAUUACCCACUUCUGCUGGAAAAUUUGCUUAUGUGGAGGCUGGGUGAAGAUAGGAUACCAGAGACACAAUUUAAGUGCCUUUCGCAUUGGGAACAUCUCAAAGCACUUCACAUGAGUGGCCUGGCUCCCAAGCCGGGGUUGGGAGGGGAGCUGGAGAGAAGAUGACUGAAAGAUGCCUCUUGAUGUCAGGAUAGACUCAAGCGCUCUACCCUGUGUGAGGGGUGCUAUAUAAAUGCAAGUUGUUGUAGGAUAGGCUGCCAUUCUUGCUCUCCUGCAUGAAACAUGACCCUUUAGGUGAGAUACCAGAAAGCGCCAGCGCCCACGGAAUCGUAAAAGUAAAGUAAAGAGAGUUUUCCUUUGAGACAAGACAGAGGGAGCAAUAAUAAGAUGAAGAAUUAGACUCACAAUCUGUAAAAUAUGUAAACUCUCAUUCAAUAACAGUUGGGUUAGCAAAAAAGCACUUCACUACUUUGUAUUUGAACAAUUGCUUACAGAUUUAUAUAGCCACUCCUGUACAUGAACAUGUAUUUUUUUCUGUUUAAUCACUAGUAUUUCAUACUUGGUAAUUUAUUUUGUUCUAUGAUGAUCUUAUUUACUACUUAGUCUCAUUUUUACAGUAGAGCUUAUCUAAAGUUGGAGCGCGAUAUUAAAACACAGGACUCCACAAUAAACAGAUUUAAUAUGUAGGGGAAAGAGUACUAACAAUUACUGACAAAAAAGUAUCACUAUUUAAAAGUUUCAAUGUUCUGAAUAUGUCUUCAACAAUUACCCAACAUAUGAACUGAUAGGCUCCAACACACACACACAUCUACAUAAUGGCAAAUAUGUGUAUUGUGAAUGAUGGUGUUGCAGAAUACCUUUCAAGUCCUUGCAGAGGUGGUAUGUUUGCAAUAUUCAGGAAGUAUGUUGGUAACAUUGUGUGACUUACACAAAGACCCCACAACACUGUUAGAAUCAGGAAUCUCCUGCUUAUUACUGCCUACUGCAGAGACAUUCGCGGAGUCUGAAUUUUUUACAGUGCACCUCCGCCAAGGCUUUAAUUCCAAUUCAUGUUUUUUGUGUUUUGAUGGUAAAAUAAUAAACGAAAGAGUAUGAUUUGGGGAGACUGUAUAGUGAGAAGGUGAACUUUUAAUCCAAUGUAAGUCAUUAUUAAUGAUGACAAAGUUGCAAAUAUCCUUUGAUCAGACAUUCUGAAUGUUAACAUUCUGUCGUAUCAUUCCCGUAAUCCAGUGUAAAAGUUUUUAUAUAUACUGUAUAUACCGUCAAUAAGAUUAAAUGGUUUUGAUACUACUUUGGGAAACGCAAUUUACUUUUGUAAGGAAGAAUGGCACAAGUUUAAACGGACUGAAUAUGAGCUGACCAAACCUGUAUUUUAUUAUGGAGAAAAAAAUAUUUGUAAUCAUUAAAUUGUAAAACAUUGUUUUCAAAUGGAAAGGUGUGAA